AAAAAAAAAAAAAAAAAAAAAAAAAAAAAAAAAAAAAACAGAGAGAUAAAUAUAAUUCCCUGAAAACUUCAACCAAAUUCUCUAAAAAAAAAAAAAAAUGGUUGUAAGAAACAAAAUAAUCUCACAAAUACUACAGAGAAGCCGCAGCAAAAGCAUCAUCAACACAAGUUUAGGCCAACAAAAAUGCUGGGGAUCAUCAGCGGCGGCGACAGCGACGGAGGUGGGAUCAAAAUCAAUGGGGUUUUGGUUGAAAGAUUAUGAAGAUUAUAGGAAGUCAUUGUAUGGUGGAAAUAUUACUCAUAAAGCUCUUUUUGUUGAUGCUGUUGGCACUCUCCUUGUCCCUGCUCAACCCACUGCUCAGAUAUACAGGCAGAUGGGAGAAAAGUAUGGAGUGAAAUAUUCAGAGGAUGAAAUAUUGAAUAGAUACAGAUGGGCUUAUGGUCAACCUUGGGGAAGAUCACGUCUCAGAUACGUCGAUGAUGGCAGACCAUUCUGGCAAUACAUUGUUUCGUCUUCCACAGGCUGCUCGAAUGCUCAGUACUUUGAAGAGCUAUACAACUACUUUAUGACUGAGAAGGCAUGGCAGCUUUGUGACCCGAAUGCAGGGAAAGUAUUUCAGGCUCUGAGGAAUGCGGGUGUAAAAGUGGCUGUUGUCUCAAACUUUGAUACUCGGUUAAGGCCUCUACUGAGGGCUCUGGAUUGCGAGCAUUGGUUUGAUGCUAUGGCUGUGUCAGCUGAAGUUGCUGCUGAGAAGCCAAAUCCAACAAUAUUUCUGAAGGCCUGUGAUCUUCUGGGUGUAAACCCAGAGGAUGCUGUUCAUGUUGGUGAUGAUCGUAGAAACGAUAUAUGGGGUGCUAGAGAUGCAGGCUGUGACGCGUGGCUUUGGGGAAGCGAGGUCCAUUCUUUCCAAGAGGUUGCUCAAAGAAUUGGCGUCCAAAUCUAAGCAAACUGGAUGUUUUUUAUCUGCUGCAACUCUGUCGGGCUUUUGGAAAAGACGCAAGCUCUUUCGCUCUCCCUUGUUUAGGAGCUGUACGAUUGGUGUUAUAUACCUGGUAACAGGACUUCAGAGGAGACUAUAUGUUUAUGUUACCAAAUAGCCUGUAAAAAGGAUUUUGUAUAACUUCUAAGUUGUAUGUAAUGAGUGUCAUCAAUAUAAAUGGUAAAAUGAAAAGGGUUGAGGAACAUAACAUAGAGCGCAGUAUAGAUGGAUUGACAAGCGUGAUCAACUUCGAAGCUUCACUAAUGAUUGAUCCAUUGUCAGGAGGGGUCUGUUGUAUUAUAGUUUGAUAAUAAUUGGGACAUAAACUGUAUUGGAAACUGAUCAACGGACAGGCAACAACGGUUUUGUUUUUGGGCUCCUUUCUAAAAGGCCGUAUACUAGUGUAGUGAACAUCUCAUUAAUAAAGAGCUUUUCUCUUCCUUAUUUCUUC